AUGAAUAAUUCGUAUUGUAUUUUUGUUGGUAAGGUUUCUUCUAUUACUACUGAAAGUACAUUAGUUAAAAUUUUUGCAAAAUGUGGUAAAGUAUUACGGGUUACUAUUCCAAUUUGGAGAAACACAAAUAAAAGAAGAGGUUUUGCUGUUGUUGAAUUUGCUUCACUUGCCUCAGUUGAAAAAGCAUUAGAAUUGGCUAAUACGACUGUUGAUGGAAAACAAAUUACUGUUAUGAGACUGGAUGAUGUUUUAAAUAAAGAAAAACAACCAAAAACAAAGAAAGAAAAGAAAGACAAAUCUUCAACGAAAAAACAAUUAACAGAAGAAACCAAGGAAGAAAAAGAACAAGGAGAAGAAAUGCAAAAAGAAGAGGGGGAUAUUAAUUGCGAUAGCCCUACUACUAAAAUGGAAGAAGACGAUUCAAGUGAAGAUUUCUCUUCAAAAGAUAUUCAAAAAGAAAUAAAGAAAGAAAUUAAACAAAAAAGGCAAGAGGAACUUAAAGAAAAACAUACCGAUGAAGACGAUAUAUUUGAACAAGAGUUAUUAAAAAUGGAAAGUACGGAUAAUUGA